AUGGACCUGACCGCGGAAAUUCGGGAGCGUGCGUGGAUCCAGUGCCGUUUCGCGCACGUGCUGCACGUGGUGGUGCAGUGCAGAUGGUGGGCGGAGCGGCUGGCCCUGCACCCGGCCGUCGGGUCUUCCUUGCAGGCGCUGCGGGUUGCGGGAGACUUCCCGGUCUCGCCCCUGUGGCUCUCGUCGGUGGGUCACCAUGCCGCUUUAUUCGGGCUUCGCCUGGCCCCGCUUGUCGCCCUCCCUGGUGUGUGGCUGGCUGUGGUGGGCCUCGCGGACCCCCGUGCCCAGGCCGCUGUGCGGCGCGCUGCCGUCGCUCCGGCCUUCGCCGCUCUCUUGGGGUACCCGGCUUUGGCGGGCGCCUUUGACGCCUCUGGGGAGGCCGGCCAGCACGCCCUCCGGGUCGUGGCUCGAUGCCUCCUCCUGCGGCCCCGCCGAGGCGCCCAGCCCCGGAACGACGAGGAGGGGAUCGAGGCUAUCGACGUCGAGGCCCGCUCUCGCUUCAGCGCCGAGUUCCAGAUCCCGCCUGCGCGGUGGGCCUCCCAGCCGCGGGUCACGGCGAAAUCUGGCUGGAUCACUUUUUCGGCCGGACGGUCGACCGAGCGACGCGCCCAGCUGCAGGACCCCCGCGCGGUCGGCGCGGGCGGCGGCGGCUCCCCGGCGGCCGCCGCGGAGGGCGCGAGGGUUGAGGCGCCCGAGGACCGCGGCCGCCCCAGAGGUGCCCUCGUGGCCAUCGGCGGAUUCCCGUCAAGAUCUUGGCCAGAUCGGAUGCCUUGGCAGGAGUGGGCGGCCGGGAGCGCGGGCGCCGCCGCGGCCGAGGGCCGGGGCGCCGCGGGCCCUGCAGGCGCUGCCAGGGAACUCACCAUCACGGUCCCGGAGGGUGCUCUCCCAGGCACCGAGCUAUGCGGGCGCGCGCCUGACGGCUCGGAGAUGUGCGUGGAGGUGCCCGAGGGCGCCCUGCCCGGCAGCGUGCUGGCGGUCUCGCGGGACCCGGCCACAGGCGCCUGGCGGAGCGAGUCGCGGCAACGUCCCGACGCCGGCGGCUCGCCCAGCGAGGCCGCUGGGCGGUCCCCAGCCGCAGAUGCCGGUGGGCCAGUCACGGUCCGCUUGGCCGUGCCCGCCGGCGCCACCGCCGGCUGCAAGGUCGACUUCACCACGCCAGAGGGCGUUGAGCUGUGUAUGGUGGUCCCCGACGGCGUGCGCCAGGGCGCCGAGCUCGUGCUGACGCGGGCGUCCGCGGAUGCGCCCUGGCAGUGCGAGGUGGGCUCCCCGGGCCCCGCGCCGCCGGAGACGCCGCCGGCGCAGCCCGCUUCGCCGCAGCCCGCCUCGCCGCAGCGGCCGCAGGCGCCAGGCACGCUGCUGCAGCGGCUGGCGGCGGCCGCCGCCGCCGCUCCAGGCGGCGGCCCCAGCCCGGAGGGCGCCGCCGCCACGAGCCCCGUGGGGCUCGGGCCGGCGUUCAGCUUCGCCGCUGCGGCCGCAGGCGAGCCCGCCCCCGCCCCGAGCGCCCCGCUGCAGCUGGCCGCCGCAUCGGGGGUGUCGGUUGGCAGCCCCCCGGCGGCCGCGCUGGAGGUGGAGGUGAGCCUCCUGGGGCCGCGGCGGGCACCGCGGGGAGCGGAGGUGGACGCCGCGCCGCCACACCGGCAGCCCGGCUCGCCGGCGGGGCAGCAGCAGAACUGGGCGCAGGCGGCGCAGGAGCGGUCGCCCAUCCCGAGGCACGCGUCGGAGGACUUCGACGACUGCUGCGACGACAUGGACGAGGGCGUGCACGCGGGGCCCUCCAUCGCGGACCAGCUGGGUGCUUUCAGCAGGACCACGGCUGUCGGUGCGAAGGCGAGGAGCUCCUCGCGCCCGCCGUCGCCGCCGAGACCGGGCGGCCAUGGUCCAGCCUGCGGCGAAGCCCGCUGCCGGCCGGCCUCGCCGUCGCGCCCGGCGUGCCCGCCGCCCCCGCCCUCGCCGCCGCCGCUGGACUUCCCCGACCUGGGCGCUCCGCGGGACGCGCUGGGGCAGGAGGCGCCCUACGUCCCCCCGUCGUCGCGGCACGAGCUGCACCUCGACGGGCAGGUGCCCUCGUCCGGCUCUUACGUGCCGCCGCCGUGGGCGCAGAGUCAGCCGCUGGAGCAGAGGCGCUCCUACGUGCCUCCCCCAGCGGCGUCCGCCCACUUCGCGCCGCUGCCGCAGAUCCCGCACGGCGCCCAGGUGCCGGCGCCGCCAGAGCUCGGCAGGUCGCUCUCGCCGCCGCUGCAGCGCCCCGGCGCUGGGGCGUCGCACUCGCCGCCGGCCUUCGCUAGCGGGAUCGGCACGUACCCGGCUGCGGGGCCCUUUCAGCACGGCCCCUCCAUCAGCACGCUGCCGGGCCAAGACGGAGCCCACGCCGGCGGCCAGGAGCAGCAGGGCCCCUGGCCGCCGCCGCAGGCCCUGCCGAACCCGCUGAUGGCGGGCCUCCAGGAGCUCAAGGUGCCCGGCCUGCGGCCGCUGGCCGUGCCGCAGAUCUUCCCCGCGCCCUGUGCCGCGGCUCCGCUCGGCUCCCUGCCCCUGGUGCCGCCGGGGGUGGGCGGCAUGCCAGGCCCCGGGCCGGUGCCCUUUGGCGCGCCGCGGCCGCACCUGCUUGGCAGCGCCUAUGGGCCGCCCCCGCCGCUGCAGGGGCAGCCGCCUACGCACCUGUACGCCCCGGUCCACCCGGCGCACGGAGCUAUGCAUGGAUUCCCAGUUCCUGGGUACAGAUAG